UUUCAUGCAUGAAGCGCAGUCCCGCAUGGUGUUUCCAACGUUCGGUAUCCGAUUGCAAAGUGAAUUUUAAAUUUUAAAUACAUUAAAUACAAAAUUCUAAAGAAAGUUACAACCUCCAGAGUUGUAAUUUAAGAUCGUUAUUCGUGACAAAAAUUAAUCAGAAUGCAGCAAGACGAGAUCGUUUGGAGCAUCAUAAGCCGGCAGUUUUGCUCGUACCAGGUCAAAACACAGACGCAAAACUUCUGCCGAAAUGAGUACAGCUUAACCGGGUUGUGUUCCCGGAAGGCCUGCCCCAUCGCCAACAGUCAGUAUGCCACAAUCCGGGAGGAGAACGGUAUCAUCUACCUGUACAUGAAAACGGCCGAAAGGAAUGCCUUCCCGGCUAAACAUUGGGAAAAGGUCAAACUGAGUAGGAACUUCGAGAAGGCCAUCUAUCAGAUAAAUGAAAACCUUCUCUAUUGGGAUCGAUUUGUUCGGCUGAAGUGCAAGCAGCGUUUCACAAAGAUCACCCAGUAUCUGAUCCGUAUGCGAAAGUUAAAGCUCCGCCGUCAGAAGAUGCUGGUUCCGUUGGCUACCAAAAUUGAGCGAAGGGAGAAGAGGCGGGAACAGAAGGCUCUGGUGGCGGCCAAGAUCGAUAACGCUAUCGAGAAAGAACUGCUGGAGCGGUUGAAGAAAGGCGCCUACGAGGAUAUCUACAACUUCCCACAGACCGCCUUCAACAAGGCGCUGGAAGCGGAAGAGGUCGAGGAUGAGGAGGCCGAAGCGGACAGUGAGCUGGAGGAAGAACUGGAGAAGGAGAUGGAGAUCGAUGAUGAGGUGCAGCGGGAGUUGGACAUGGAUGAGGAGUUUGUGGAGGGUGAUUCGGAUGAUGAUGAUGACGACGAUGAGGAAGAUGAUGUUGAAGGGGAAGAAGAUGGGGAAGAUAUGGAAGGGGAUGAUUCCGAUGCGGAAAGUGAUUCUGGGAUUAAGGAGCACGUGGAAGUGGACAGUGAUUUCGAGUCUUCAGACGACGAGGAUAUUGAGGAAGCGGCCAGUAAAUUCACACCUCGGUUACCUAAAAAGAAGAAGAAAGAGGACGAUAAGCCUUCGACGAGCAGCAAGACUACUACCGCCAGCAGUAGUAGUAGCACCAAGAAGAAACCGGGCAAGAGGCUGCGCAAACCCCACCUGGAGAUCGAAUAUGAAGUGGAAACCCAACCAACGAGGAGUCGUGUACAUCAGUGAGGUAAUAGUGAGGUUUACUUUCACGACGAAAGUGUCGCGUCGUCAUCGUUUAGCCGGAGCGCUAUUGUUGAUAAUUUACUCUUCCAAAAGUAAUAGAGCAGACGCAAUUUAUUGUCCCAUUAAUAAUAGGCGAGGCAAGGAAUGUUCCGUCGUUGUCGCCCAUAUUUUAAGAAGAACAAAUCAUCUAUUAAAAUCGCAGAGUUCUGAAUCAUUUGUUCGAAA